AUGAUGGGGUGGUGUUGCUCAGGCAUAUGCGGAGCCCUGGCUCUCCUGGCACUCCUGUGUCCCCUGCGGGAGAGGGGCUGCUGGGGGCUGAAUCCCAGCUCUGGGGAUGUGGAGAAGUCCCCGCACUCUGAUCCAGACCCCUGGGGGGCCCUGCACAGGCACAAACGCAGCUGGGUAUGGAACCAGUUCUUCGUAUUGGAGGAGUUCACAGGAAAUGAACCACUUUACGUUGGCAAGCUACACUCAGAUGUGGACAAAGGGGACGGCAAGGUGAAGUAUGUGUUAUCUGGCGAGGGCUCCACCUCCAUCUUCACCAUUGAUGAGAACACAGGGGACAUCCACGCCACAAAGCGCCUUGAUCGAGAGGCGCAGGCCUACUACACCCUCCAAGCUCAAGCCGUGGACAGAGUCACCAAUAUACCCGUGGAGCCCAGGUCUGAAUUUGUGGUCAAGGUCCAGGACAUCAACGAUAAUGAGCCAAAGUUUCUAGAUGGACCGUACUUGGCCGGAGUACCAGAGAUGUCACCCUUAGGAACCAUGGUGGUGCAAGUGGCAGCCACAGAUGCAGAUGACCCGACGUACGGGAACAGUGCCAGGGUGGUCUACAGCAUCAUCCACGGGCAGCCGUACUUCUCAGUGGAGCCCAAGACAGGUGUCAUCAGAACCGCUCUGCCAAACAUGGACCGGGAGACGAGGGACCAGUAUGUGCUGGUCAUCCAGGCCAAAGACAUGGUGGGCCAGAUGGGCGGCCUCUCCGGCACCACCUCCGUCACUGUCACGCUCACCGACGUCAACGACAACCCGCCUCGGUUCACUCACAAAAACUAUCAGUACACGGUGCCGGAGUCACUGCCGGUGCAAUCUGUGGUGGCCAAAAUCAGAGCGGCCGACGAGGAUAUCGGCUCCAACGCGGAGAUGGACUACAGGAUCAUGGACGGAGACGGGCCCGGCAUGUUCAACAUAACAACGGACGAGAACACACAAGACGGGGUCAUCAUUCUCCUGAAGCCUCUCGACUUUGAGACAAAGAGCAGCUUCUUUCUAAGAAUCGAGGCCACAAACAGGAAUAUCGACUCCAACUUCUUGAGCGCGGGCCCAUUUAGCGACACCACAUCGGUCAGGGUGACGGUGGACGACGUGAACGAGCCACCCGUCUUUUCCACGCCGCUUGGCAAGAUGGUUGUUUCGGAAGACGCCAGGGUGGGCACCUCAAUCGGGAGAGUCUCCGCCCACGACCCGGACACCUCCAACAACGCCAUCAGGUACUCCAUUGACAGAAACACAGACUUGGAGCGCUUCUUCAACGUGGACGCUCUGAGUGGGGUCAUCAGCACGGCCAAGCCUCUGGACCGAGAGGCCAACUUGAUCCAUAACCUCACCGUCUUCGCCAUCGACAGCCAGGAUCCGACCCAAAUUGGAAAAGGCAUCGCCCUCAUCACCGUGCAGGACAUAAAUGAUAACGCUCCAGUCUUUGCCAUAGACUAUGAAACCAUCCUCUGUGAGAACGCCAUGCCAGGACAGGUGAUCCAGACGGUCAGCGCGGUCGAUAAGGACGAACUUCUGAGCGGACACCGCUUUUAUUUCGCCCUCGCCGCACCCGUCGCCGGCAACCUCAACUUCACCCUGCGUGACAACAAAGACAACACGGCCUCGGUGCUGACGAAGCGAGGCGGUUUCCGUAGGCGCGAGCAGCCCGUGUACCGGCUGCCGGUGCUCAUCGUGGACAGCGGAAGCCCCGCCCUCAGCAGCACGAACACGCUCUUCGUGCGAGUGUGCGACUGCGACUCCGACAGCGUGGCCCUGUCCUGCGGAGCCGUGGCCUACACCGCCACCGGCCUGAGCACCGGCGCCCUCGUGGCUAUUUUGGGCUGCAUCAUCACGCUGCUGGUGAUGGUCCUGCUGAUUGUGACGAUGCGUCGGCGGAGGAAGGAGCCUCUGAUUCUCGAGGAGGAGAGGGACAUCAGAGAGAACAUCGUCCGCUACGACGACGAGGGCGGCGGCGAGGAGGACACGGAGGCCUUCGACAUGGUGACCCUGCGCAACCUGAACGUCAUCCGUGACCCCGGCGUGCGGCGAGACGUCACGCCGGACACCCCCACCUUCUUCCACUACUCGUCGAGCGCCCGCCCGGCCUAUAAAUCCCUGCCGGACAACGUGGUGUUUCGAGAGUUCAUCUGGGAGCGCCUUAAGGACGCCGACGUGGACCCGUCGGCGCCCCCGUACGACUCCCUGCAGACGUACGCGUUCGAGGGCAGCGGCUCCGUCGCGGAGUCCCUGAGCUCUUUGGAGUCGCUGAGCACAGACUCGGAUCAGAACUAUGACUACCUCAGCAACUGGGGGCCGCGCUUCAAAAAGCUGGCCGACAUGUACGGCAACAGCGACGGCGCCACCGUCUUCUCAUAG